AUGUUGUCGGCUCCCGUUAAGUCGGCGAAGCGCAUUUCGUCCCUAUUCUCUCUAGGGUCGAAGGAUCGAGAGUCACAAUCCUCCCCUAUAUCUCCCAGUUUCCCAGAAACCGAGAAACGUCGGAGAAGCAGCUCGAGGCCAACUCGCCACGUCUCCACACCAAAUGCCGUAUUCUCCUCAGAACCUCGAACAAUGCCCAGCCCACUGGAUAUGGAGAGCCUGCCCCCGCCACCUUCACUAAUGUCUGUAAACCAAGACCUGGCCAGCAGCGCUCCUAGUUCACCCGUCGCCCGCCCACAAAGUCGUGGUCGUGAAAUGAGCAGACCCUCCAGCUCUGCCGGUCUCGCAAUUCCAGGUUCCAACCCAGACUCUCGUCCGAGCACACCGUCGAAGCGUAGGAGUUGGAUGCCGGGUAUGUCGGGAAUGACGGGGCGGUCGCGCGCAAGUUCAACGGACAAGCGCCCAACCCCAAUGUUGCCGGCGGCGUGGAUUGCAGGAUUGGACCAGAAGGUCGUCUACGACCUGACGCCAUUGUCCAGGGGAGACCAGAUCCCCGAACUUUGGAACGAGGAAGGUGACACUUUCGUGUACCUCUUCCCGCAGAACACCGGCCGCGCCCCAUCCUUCAAGGUCGACUCUACCAUCUUCGCAGAAUCGCCUUCCCUCACGUUCCUCGCCCGCGGCACCGAUGAAAAAACGAACGGGCUCGAGCAGCCAACCCGAACACUCUCGCUUUCGAAUCCUAUGUCACCACCAUUGACACCGCAGGACCGGUCCGAAAAUGACAACGACAAUGACAGUUCUGGAAGUCAGAGAAUGGCGUUCGACGAUAGCCCGGAGGAACAGCAGGAACUCCACCUAUACCUGCCAAUCCCGCUCAACUGUGACAUCUCCAACCCACAGGCCCGCCUGACGCAAGAAGACACGGAGACCUUGCUCCUGUUCCGCAACUUGUUUGCUUUCCUGUUGGGUCAAUCUCUCAUUGCGUCGCCGAAAUCGGCGACUCUCUUCUCCAUCUUCAUGGACGUUGCGGUUCUUCUGGCACGAUUCGAGUUCUCUAACCUGGAUCAGUCCAACUUUGGUGAGACCGCAACUUCUAGUUUCAGUAACUACUGCGAGGAACUUCGCUUGGCCGAUGUGCGCCGAAGCAGAGAGAAGACUAUAGAGGCGAUUGUCCUCGGUGAGCGUCUCCGAUACUACCCGCUAUAUAUGGAAGGUUUCGUCCACGGUGUUGGAAAGCUGGACGAGCUGAAACAGCUCCGAAGCCCCAAGUAUACUUUCAUUCACCCAAUCACCCAAAAACGAAUGGAACGUGCAUUCAUCGAUCUCGACACCCGUCUCCGCGGCCUCUACGGCAAGUUGGAAGACUUCGAUUUCCCUUCGGUGUUCUCCGGUUUCGCCAACUCAACAACUUCCGCCGAGAGCAAGGUCGUCCGAUUCAAGAACUGGAAGACCGGCUUCCAUGAAUUCCGCCGUUUCACCAUUCAGUACUACAGACAGAAGUACGGCUCAUGGCCUCCCAAGGCACGUUCCAAGAAGAACGAAUUCGAGGAGAAUGGUCUCAACCGUCUCCUCCUGCUCGAUCUGUACCAUGACUUCACCGAUCUCUACGAUCUGAUGGUGGAUCGGACGUCUUUGACCACGCGCACGAUCGAUGUCUCUGGGGCAGGUAGCUCCACACCUUCCGAUAAUCCCAAGGAAAUUACUGUCCGCGCUCUGCGCCACGUUCUCAGCGAAUACGACCGCAGCACUCCGCCCGUGCUCCCGCCCAUUCCAUUCGACAUUCCACAGCUUCCCUCCCUGCAGCCCUUGCACAGGAAGCCCUUGGAUGCCAAGAAGGAGGCCAAGCAGAGCGGCAAGAAGCUCAAGAGCUCGGACAUCAAUGCCGUCCUGAUGGAUUCCUAUACCCGCGAGGCAAUGCGACCCACUCCCUUCAUUGAAAGCUUCAUGCAAUUCGAGCGUCGAUCCGCCCACGGCAAGAGCGUCAACGACAUCCUUGAUCUGCGCUGUGGUCAAUGGAUCUUCCUUUACGCAGUCAUCCAAUCCCUUCCCAUGUUGGUGGUUGACGUUCCUGAGGUCCACUACAACGAGGGUGUUGAGUACUUCCUCUGUAUCGCUCCUCGUGGAGGUGCCCCCUGGAUUCACAACGACACCAAGACCGCCCGCAGCUGGUUCGGAGUCGCAGGCGGUGCUGGUGUCGUCAGUCUCCCAUCAGAUGUAGUCAUCAACGGAGUAGAAGGUGUCUACCGUCGCAGUCACUGUUGGCAAGUCGCCGAGCAGUGGGCCGAUGCAGGCGCCCUCCUCGACCCCCCGAUGAUCGAAGAUGCCGCCUACGACGACGAGGAGUCCUCCAUCUCCUCCCCCUACCAGGCUCAACACUCCUCCGUCGGAUCAUCCUCCGAACCCCAAUCCAACAUGGCCUCCGCCGGUCUCAACCCCCCUCCCCCAGCCAUCCCUCGCACCCGCUCCCCAGGCGCCGCCCAGCGCUCUGAGCAACACCGCCACUCAUUCUACCCAGGACUGGAAGCCCUGCCCCUCCCAGCGGGCAUCGCACCCAUCGAGCCUCCCACGCGCCCGAUCAGUCGCUUCAAUCCCAACAUGAGUUUCGAUGAUAUCUUGCGCGAGGUGCCGAAGAAGGACAAGAAGAAGAACUGA